AUGGGUUCGAAGCAUCAAUUAACAGAGCCGGCUGAGGAGACUUCUGAGUCGUCAGUGAAGCACAAAUCCACCGUGCCGACCGUUGGGCCGCCGAAAGGCCUGUUCCUCGCGCUUCUCGCGUUCAGGUUACUCAACAGUCUGGCAGUGCAGACCUAUUUCAACCCGGACGAGUUCUGGCAGGGACCGGAGGUGGCUCACCGGAUGGUGUUCGGCUAUGGCUAUCUCACGUGGGAGUGGCAGCCUGAAUGGGCAGCUCGCUCCUUCCUCCACCCGCUGUUCUUCGCUGCUGGUUACCGCCUGCUCGCCCUCUUACGCUGCGACACGCCCUGGCUCGUUCGCCACUCGCCGCGGUUCAUCCAGGCAGCCAUGGCAGCACUGGCGGAUCUGCGUCUCUACAUGCUCACUCGGAGGCUCUUCCCUUCGCACCCUUCCGCUGCUGCAUGGGCGCUCCUCUGCAAUCUCACCUGCUGGUUCCUCUUCUUCUGCGCAAUUCGCACCUUCUCCAACUCCCUCGAAGCCUCCCUCGCCGUCCUCGCCCUCUCCUACUGGCCCUGGCGCCACUGCCAGGGGGACGCUGAGGGUGGGCAUGGGGCUACUGAGCUCGCACAGGACACGAGUGAGGGGGCACAGGGGCGCACUGAGGCCGCCAAAGGGCAAGGUGCUGAGCAAGGGAGAGGAGGAGUGCAAUGGUCUACACCUGCUCUCCUCACUGAUCCUGAUCCUGGGGGAGCCAACCGGCUGCUGGCCCUCGCCCUGGCAGCAGCGGCGUGCAUGGUUCGUCCCACCAGCACGCCCUUCUGGUUACCCCUGGGUCUGCACGAGCUCUCACUGCUGCUGGUGGAUGGGGGGCUGAGAGGAGGGAGGGGCCGAUGGGAAUGGGUGCGGCUGCUGUUGCUGGAAGUGCUGCCUAUCGGCUUGACAGCUGUCGCGAUAACAGUGGCUGUGGACAGCUGGCAGUACUGCCGGCCUAUGGUGUUCACCCCUCUGAACCUGCUGCGCUUCAACGUGCAUCUCAAGGGCUCCAGUCUCUACGGCAGCAACCCCUGGCACUGGUACUGGUCGCAGGGCCUCAUAGCCAUGCACGGCACUUUCUUCCCCUUCGCCUGCCUCGGCCUCCUCUGGUGCCCCUCCCCCUCUUACACGCCACCUCGUUUUAAGCACGCAAUCUGGUUUCAGCAUGUGCUGCUGCGGGUGCAUGGGGGUCUGCUGUGGUGGUCGGUGCGCCUGCCCUUCCUGCUCGCCCUCUGGCUGCCUCUCUUCUACUCCCUCUCCGAUCACAAGGAGCACCGCUUCAUCCUGCUCUCUCUCCCUCUCCUCAACACGUACACUGGUCUCGCCCUCUCUCUCCUGCGCUCAAGACUCGCCACCACCACUGACAACCGCAAGACGCUCCACCACCCAGUGUCCUCUCCUUCCUCCCAGACAUGGCCCUCCUUCCUCUCCCCCUUCCUCCACCCACGCUCACUCCGUUUCCGCCUGCUCUUAGCAGCCGCCUUCCUCCCCCAGCUCCUGGCCGCUCUCUACCUCUCCACCACCCACCAGCGAGGCACCAUUGCUGUCAUGCCCUUUUUAGAGCGCGAAAUCAACACCAUCAUGCAGACCCGCGCAACACCAUCGAGGGGCGAGGGGAGGGGAGGAGAAAUUGAGGGGAGGGGAGGAGGAAUCGAGGGGCAGGGAGGAGUGAGGAAGGGAGGGGUGGAGGUGUUGUUUCUGAUGCCAUGUCACUCCACGCCCUUCCACGCCCACCUCCACAACCCUGCAGUCACACUCACCAUGCUCUCGUGCGCACCCAUCCUCACAACUCAUCCCAACGGCUCCAUCACCAUGGCUCGUGAAAGCGAAUUCGAGGAUCUACUAGCAGACCCAAAUGCCUUCCUCACAUCCCUCUACACCGUCCAUCCAUCUGUUCAUGCACAGCGAGAGGGCAGAUGCGAGGCUGCUGGUGAUGAGGGGGAUAGAGGGGAAGGAGCACAGGAAGCAGCACCUGCUGAGCUAAAUGAAAACUCGUGCUCGUGCUUGAAGCAGGCAGAGAAAGGGGGUUGUUUGGAAGGGUGUGAUGUGCUGGAUGGAGGUGGGCGGGCGGGGCUGCCAGAUCUGGUAGUGGCGUUUGAUACAGAGGAGAAGCUGCUGCUGCCGUUCCUCCGGUGUGCUGGAUACAGAGAGGUGGCGCGAUUCUUUCAUGCACACUUCCCCGUUGACAGGGAGCUGCAAGGGCAUGUACUAGUGUAUAGAAAACAUGCGAUUUUAUAG